CAGAAUGACGUUCCCAACAUUAAUUUCCAAAUUACAACAGGUGUCACAGUCAUUGAGUGGAUGAGGGAUGAAUCCUAUUUUUUUUUUUCCACAAAUGGUCCUGAUGUGGUGCAACAUUUCACCAUGUUGAUCCUGUAACUGUGACAGCUUAACCGUACGAUGGUUGAGAAAUGUGAGGUGAUGGCACGAGACAUAGUGAAUUAUUCAAUUUGACUUAAGGCACAAUGUGUACUAGGAUAAGCUACUCACACUUAUCCUGUGUAGGCCUGCGUGGCUUUGAAAAAGACAAACUCAGUUGGAGCAAAGUUCAUCUGAGAUAAAAAAUAAAUGUGUCAAAGGGCACGCAAGCUCCAAGCUUUCACCAGUGCUACAGUGUAGUGCAGUAUAAGAUAGAUAAUUCUUCAAGAAGUGGUAACUUCUUGGACAUUUUUCUUGACCAUAUCAGACAAGUUUUGUUUAAGCUCUUUGAUACAGUACAACUUUACUUGCACUGUAUCAGAGACUGGACAUGCUCCUGAUAUGCUUGUACUUGUUAGACAUGUUUUGUGCAAACAAAGACGUCACAACUCGCACAAAAGCAACUGCUUUUACAGAGUUUUUUUGAGAUUUCAGUCAGGCUUUCACUGUGCUGGGUUCUAGCACAGGUGUUCAGUCAGGCCUAUUUGAUCAAUAUGCAGUGGAUUUUAUACAAUUAUCUUUUUAUUUAUACGUGCCUGUACCGUUUGUACUUUGCCUGCUCUCUUCAACAGUAAAUGAUUGUAGGAUAAGUGGGCAAAGGAUCGGUUUUCAGAAGGACGUCAACCAGGGCACUUGACACCCGUUGAAAAAAAUGUACCCAUAGUCCUCAUAUGAAGCUUGCUGUAGUGGGGUGUUGAUUAGUAUUCCAGUAUACGGUGGGCUUACCAACAUAGAGCGUGAGUCUGUGAAGGUAGAGUUACACAUUUUCUAAGGCAAGUCAGAAGGUAGGGAGGGGCUGCAUGCAAAUACCAAAGUGAAUAGUGGUUAGUUAUCGUUGCUAAUCAAUGAGUCUGAUAGACAGCAAAUGGUAAGAGAAUGAGGGAUCUGGCAGUCAGAAAAGGUAACAAUAACAAUGGUAAUGGAAUAAUGAGUGACACUAGGAGCAGCAAAAGAUCUGCUAUUUUCUUCAUCACACCUGAAUACGUUUUCAGAUGACCGUUAAUGACAAGAAACAACACCAGCAAGAAUGCAAGUUGUUAUUAAGACCAAAGGAGGCCACACAAAGUAUUAGGCUUUUUGGUUAUUAUGUGUGAAAAAGAACUAUUUACUUGUUUCAGUUUGUUAUUUGCCAAAUAAAUAGCAAUAAUGUUUCAGUUUUACACAGGUUAAGUGUUCUGAAAGAUUUCUACAACGUUUAUGUUUUCUCAUUUUUAUGACAGGUGGUCUAACAAACUUGUCAGUAAUCUAAUGUUUGAAUAACAGUGAAUCUGAACUUCAGCUGUGUAUUCUUCACCUUCCCUUCACCCAGUAUGGUUAGAGGCAACACACACGAGGCUAUGGGUCUGCACUUUGCCAUGUUCCUCCCAAGCCUGUACAGCAUGUGUGACCCUGAGCAGGCCAGGAAAUGGUUGCCUCUGGCAGAAUCCUUCCAGGCCGUGGGCACAUAUGCCCAAACUGAGAUGGGUCACGGCACACACCUCAGAGGGCUUGAGACCACUGCCACAUAUGACCCAGCCACACAGGAGUUUGUCAUGAACAGCCCCACUGUGAGCUCCAUCAAAUGGUGGCCUGGAGGACUUGGAAAGACUUCCAACCAUGCCAUAGUUUUGGCCCAGCUUUACAGUCUUGGAAACUGCCAUGGUCUGCACGCUUUCAUUGUACCCAUCCGUGACAUGAACACACAUAUACCCCUGCCAGGUAUUGUAGUUGGAGAUAUCGGCCCCAAGUUUGGCUUUCAUGAAGUUGACAAUGGCUACCUGAAAUUGGAGAACGUACGAAUUCCUCGGGAGAACAUGCUGAUGAAAUACUCCAAGGUGGAGCCAGAUGGAACCUAUCUGAAGCCACCAAGUGCCAAGCUGACCUAUGGCACCAUGGUAUUCAUCCGCUCCAUGAUCGUAGGCGAGUCAGCUCAGGCCCUUGCAAAGUCCUGCACCAUUGCCAUCCGCUACAGUGCCGUUCGUCACCAGUCUGAAAUCCGGCCGGGAGAGCCAGAGCCUCAGAUCCUCGACUACCAGGCGCAGCAGUACAAGCUGUUCCCUCUGCUGGCUACGGCCUAUGCCUUCAAAUUUGUUGGCCAGUACAUGAAGGAUACCUACCAUCGCAUCACUGAAGACAUCAACCAGGGGGAUUUCAGUGAGAUGCCUGAGCUCCAUGCCCUGUCUGCGGGUCUGAAGGCCUUCACCACGUGGGAAACCAACUCUGCCAUCGAAGUGUGCCGCAUGUCAUGUGGUGGCCACGGUUACUCGAGAAGCAGUGCCUUGCCGGACAUUUACGUCGAUUUCACCCCUACCUGCACCUACGAGGGCGAGAACACAGUCAUGAUGCUGCAGACUGCCAGGUAUCUGGUGAAAAGCUACCGACAGGCCAAAGCGGGCCAGCAGCUGAAUGGAAUUGUGUCAUACCUGAAUGAAGCACAGAGUCGGGGGGUGCAGCCGCAACCAGUCGCUGCUCGACCAACCGUGGUUGACAUUAAUGACCUGACCCGCCUGGUGGAAGUCUAUAAACUCCGAGCUGCCAUUCUUGUUGAGCUGGCAGCAAAGAGCAUCCAGCAGGAGUUGCAGCGCAGGAAGAGCAAUGAGGACGCCUGGAACAACAGCGCUAUCGACCUGGUCAGAGCCUCAGAUGCCCACUGCCACUACGUUGUAGUGAAGCUGUUCACUGAUAAGCUCAGGGAGAUCGAUGACACGGCGAUACACUCAGUGUUGUCAACCCUGGCUCUGCUCUACGCCCUGUACGGCAUCACAAAGAACUCUGGAGACUUCCUACAGGCUGGACUGCUGAGUGUGCCCCAAGUGAUGCAGAUUGCUGUUCGUAUCAAGGAGCUGCUAUCUCUGCUGAGGCGCAACGCUGUGGCACUUGUAGACGCCUUCGACAUCCACGAUAAGAGGCUGAAUUCAGUUCUGGGACGAUAUGAUGGGAAUGUCUAUGAGAAGAUGUUCGAGUGGGCUCGCCGCUCCCCUCUUAACGCCACAGAGGUCCACGAAUCCUUUCACAAGUACCUGAAGCCUCUGCGGUCCAAACUGUGAGCUGACCUGAACUGGACCUUCAUUCCUGACUGUGACCCUUCAACUCUGCAUUCAUGGACACAAGGUUAACUGUUGCUCUCAUAGCAGCCCCAUGAUGCUUUUCAUUUGCCAUCAGCUGGUAUAUACCUGGAAGCUGAACACAACCAGUCCCUCUGUAGGCCACGGUAGAUAGAAACCUAACCCUCUACAAUGAUGGAGAGAUGAUAAUAAUGGUUGGUUAAUAAAUACAUAAAUAAAAUACAGAGAUGGACAAAAAAAUGGGAACAAAACCAGGUAUGAAAAUCGAUGAAAGCACUUAUGAAUGAAAUCGGUCUCAGCCCCACAGAAAGAGCUUUAAUAAUACUAAAAAACAAUCAUUUACAGUUUUCGAUUGCCAUGUUUUCUAAACAGAACUUCCAUUGUAAAGUUUCUUGGUCUCUCAUGCUUCACAUCUUCAUUUUCUGCUGUGUGCCUGAAGCGUCCUCUCUGUGAGCCAUUUAAGGCAGAUAUGCCAUCUCUCUCUUUUUUUUUUUCUUUCUUCUAAGAAGAACAGAAUGCCAUUAUGAAUGUUACAUAAUAUCGAAGUGAAUAAACUAACAGCAACAUUUGUUUCCCCUGAUCACAAGGACCAACAUGCUAUUUAAAAGCACACGGCGCUGUUUGUCAUCAUUUUUGUUGAAAAGUCACUAAUUGGUUCAUGAGAUUUAUCAGGUAUGUAGAUAUCGAGUGACUUUCACAAGGUUGCUCAGACAAUCUGCACCCGUGAAUUAAAGAGUAUUAUUUGCAAUUUACAUAUUCUCCUGUAAAAUAAUGCAACAAAACAUUUUAGCAUUGCUGUUGGAUGAAACCACAGCGUGCAUCCCACUUUAGAAAGAAUUAUAAUUAUUGCACUUUAAAGGUUACACCAUUAAGCAUCAUUUCAAUCAAAAUGCGUAAUUUUGGCUCCAAAUACUUUGUUGUACAGCGGUGGCUGUUUUAUGUUGGUCAUAUCCUGCUUUGCAGAGAACAUUGGCUGUUUGAAUCUAUUUCGAUCACUUUAUUCAAGAUGGAAAAACCCCCCUCCAGCUGUAGUAGAGAACCAAUCUGGCUUUAUUCUUAGUUGCGUCACCUUGCUCAUCUGUUGCUGUGUAAUGAAUGUCAUACUUGACUAAUCCAACUUCACAUACACUGGCACAGAGGUUAAUUGUACUCCAUUAAUAGAAGCUUGGCUCAACAGACAGCUGAGAGGCCCAGAGAGGGACAACGUGUGAGACAGUAGAAUGAUUUGGGGCUUUCAAAGACUUACCGGCGAUUAAGUUCAGCACUUUGUGGUUCUAAAUUCCUCUGUUUCUGACAAAUUUGGCUCACUCACAUUGAUUUCACGUCAGGUAUGCAGACGUGUUUUGGAUCACUAGAUUGGACGAUUCCGCUAUUCCGUGCAUUCACAUGCUUUUGAAUGUGUUUGUGUGGCGGAAAGUUUUCUGCAGGUGAUGUUGCGAGGUUAAGUAUGUCAAGGAAGCAUGAAUUUCUGCCACCUAUUGAGCAUUUCUUGAUAUGCACUGUGUAUGUGUAAUAAUAUUCUCCCUCCCUACUGUGUGGGGUUGAUGUAAUAAGAAUGGUUGCACCCCAGUCAGCAUCUGGAUGAAUUUUUUGUGUGUGUGUUUUUAAUCAAGCACAGACUAUUAACUUUUAAUAAAUGCAUUACUAAUGUCCGGUGACGUUUAAUUCCAACUGACUGAAUUAUUCAAACAUGAUUAAAAUACAUUCAAACUGUGUAACUUAUGUUUAGGUGGUAGUUUUCCUGUUUUUGUUAUUACAGUUCACAAAAAUGUUUUCUGAAAAACUCUUAGAAAUUGACUUAACCAGCAGAAAUAGAACAUUUCAUAGAACUGGUAGACUUGUGCUCUUUUGUUUAUCUCAAACUGUAGUCCUUUUAUUUUUCUCUGUGAGCAAUCAACCGUGUAAGUGGGAGCUACUGAGAGUAAAAGUAGCAACGGAACUACUAAAAUACAUUUUUAUGAGAUUUUGUGACUGUGAUGACACUGAUGAUGAAAAGAGCUUUAUUCUAAAGCUGUAAACUGUAAAGAUGAUUUGUGUGAUAAUUAUGUGCCUGAGGAAGGUUUCUUUCCUUAACUAAUGGAGAAUGUUCACUCACAAGGCUCCUAGUGUUUCACUUUCUCAAACCUUUACACUUAUGAUUUCUGCACAGUGACUAAGCUGUUUGUUAAGCAUAUUUGUGUGAUAAUUUGUCAAUUUGCUGAUUUUUAAUGGUUGGUAAGUAAUUUGACCUGAGAUAUAUUAAUAAAAAAAUAAUUAUAAUAA